GUUACUAAACUGAUCAAAGAGUUUUUUUAGGUUUAAUAUCAGCAAGUGUUAUGAUGGAGGAAACAUCUCUACUGCUGCUGCUCUUUGUGAGUUCACUGCUGUGCUGCACAACAAACCAAGCUCACCUGACUGUGAGUCCCAGCAGCUCUCAGAUGUUUACAGGAAAGUUUGUCUCUCUGAGCUGUGAGGAGGACGACAGCUCUGCGGGAUGGACGCUGAGGAGGAACACAACCAGAGAAACAAGAGCUGAGUGUGGCGUUAAAUGGGGAAGGUCAGCUGGUUCCUCCUGUAACAUCAGUCUAACAGCCCCCUGGGACAGUGGAGUUUACUGGUGUGAGUCCAGAGAGGGAGCAACCAGUAACAGCAUCAACAUCACUGUCACUGGUGGAUCAGUGAUCCUGCAGAGUCCUGUCCUCCCUGUGAUGGAGGGAGAUGAUGUCACUCUGCACUGUAAGACAAAGACCUCCAACCUCCCAGCUGAUUUCUAUAAAGAUGGCUCCCUCAUCAGGACUGAGCCUGCAGGUCACAUGACCAUCCACCAUGUUUCCAAGUCUGAUGAAGGCCUCUACAAGUGUAACAUCAGCAGUCAUGGAGAGUCUCCACCCAGCUGGAUCACUGUCACAGAUAAACUCACCACUACAUCUCAACCUAUACCACCCAGCUGGAUCACUGUCACAGCCACAGCCCCAGCCCCUGUAUGUGUAACCCUGCCCAUUGGAUAUGUAGCCCCGCCCCUUGUGUUCAGACUGGCCUAUCACCUAGUGGUGUUCUCUCCGUACUUCAUCUCCACUCUCCUCAUGAUGUCUUUAUAUCGACACAGGACCACAGGAUAUGACAUCUCCAUGGCAACACCCCUACCCAACCAGGCUGCAGAGGGAUUGGCUGAGGAAUAUGAUGACAUCAUGGAGGUCACCACCGAGCAUCACUUCUGAGCUGAACACGUCAGAGACAGUUUACAGUGACAGUAGUGAACAUGAGAACAUGAGAAUAAGAACAGAAGCUGAACAUUUACAAUAUGAAGUCACUGCUUUACGUUUGUUCUGUUACUUUACUGCCAGCAACAUCCAUCUUUGUAACUCUGUAACUGAAUAUUUUGAAUAAAGUUUUUUUUCAUUCCUCUGCCUGAUGUCUGAGCUGUGCUGCAGUGACUGCAGAGUAAAUGAAGAUCUGAUCACAUGUGCUGAGUGUGUGUGUUUUCUACAGAUUAGUCAGAUGGAAAAUACUUGUAUUUGUUGUGGUUUAGUAAACAUGGUGAGACUGUCUGUCUGUGAUUUGUUUGAUCAGUGUUUCUACAGAAAAUCAUUAAUAGUUGUGUAUUAUUAGCAUGAAGGAAAAAGGGAAUUUAGGGGGAAAUGUCAGACAUGCUCCUUUUUAUCUCACCCAGCUG